AGGGAAUAUCAGGAACAAGAAGCAAAAAGUUAGAGACGGAGGUUAAAAAGUAGGAUAUUAUUGUAAUAUUUGGUUGUGCAGGUAGGAAGAUAAUCUUCAGAGGAGGAGGACGAUAAGUCGGUUGAGGACAGCUGUUAGACAACUCACCUAAACUUCACAACUCUCAGCUGUCCAGAUGUCGCAGAGCGUCCUACACAUCUGUCUACUGGCCCUGAUGUCACUGCUGCUGCUAUUUUCUCCUCUUGGAUGGAGCAAAGAGGGACAAACCCCAGGAUGUCACCUAUAUCCCAUCAACGUGACCAUCCGCAGUGACCGUCGGGGAACUUGUAAAGGCACCCAUCUGGUGUACGCCUGCGUGGGCUACUGUGAGUCCAGUGCUUUCCCAUCCAGAUACUCCGUUCUGGUGGCGUCAAACUUCACGCACAACAUCACCUCUGCAUCACGCUGUUGCACCAUCAGCAAGGAUGCCAAGGUCAAAGUUCGACUGGACUGCCCACGAGGUCUGCACUACGACGAAAUCGAGAUCCUGACGGCAAAGGCAUGUCGAUGUGACAUGUGCCGCAAAUCACGCUACUGACUUUUUAUCGCUUCAGGACAAAAUGCAGCAAAUAUGAUUUGCAGGAUGAAAAGAUUAUAGUUUACAGAGAUAGAAAAAAAACACAAAAACACUACAGCUUUUUUCAACUUCUGUCCAUUUGCCUCAUUUCUAUAUAACUUCAAUCAUUUUAAUCAUCAAUAAGAGGGUGUUAAUCUCCAUUUCCAGAGGACUGGUGUCCCUCAGCCAUUACGUUUGGCCCUGAUGAAACACACCUGUCUCAGAUGGCUCAUUACCUGCUCAGCAUGAAGGAUGGUUGUCUAAAGUCCUACUGAUGUCUGAAUAUCUGUUUCAGAAAUGCUGACUUUGCAGGACUGCAGCCUUCUUUGAUUGGUGUUUAAAAUCUUUUGACUAAACUCUGAAAUCAACUGUGGAUAGAUUUAAAGUUUUUUUUUUUAUUGAUAAUAGGAUUCUUGUUUCACUGUCAUUUGCUGUUCAUAUUAUGCCAACAAACUUUUCCUUAAAAUAUAUAUAUUUUUAGAGCCGAGAAUAACAGGGAGAUACAAAAUGCAAAUCAGAGAAUCUGUAUUAAUCGUUAAGUUUUUUACUUGGUUAUUCACCAAACUCUCAGCUGUCUUGGAAAAUAAAAUCGGUACAAAUCACAGAAAAUGUGAAUGAAUAAUGAUCAAACAUUUUGCAAUAACACAAGA